CUGCAGACUACGGUAGUAGAAGAAGACGCAGGUUAGCAAAGAUCCAAGAGAAAGCCAAACUUCACGUUACUAUUUACAAAUGAGCAGCAAAAUGCUCGUUCAGAAAGUCAGGCCGUGGCUGCUUCGCUACAGGAGUUUACCUUUGGCUAACAUAAGACCUUAUUACGCUGAUAAAGUUUGUCGUCUCGGCUCUCAGCCUGACACACACUCAGCUGAAUAUCAGGAGAAUUACGAGCGAAUGGAAGCUCUUGUUAAUGAGUUAAAAAGCCGGACAGAGAAGAUUAAAUUGGGUGGAGGUGAAAAGGCCAGAUGUCUUCAUACUUCUCGUGGGAAGCUUUUGCCCAGAGAGCGCAUAGACAGACUUCUGGAUCCUGGGAGCCCGUUUCUGGAGUUCUCCCAGUUUGCAGCGUAUGAGUUGUAUGGAAAAGAAGAAGUCCCAGCUGGUGGUAUAAUCACUGGGAUUGGUCGAGUAUCAGGGGUAGAAUGUGUCAUUGUUGCAAAUGAUGCUACUGUCAAAGGAGGGACAUACUACCCAGUUACAGUGAAGAAACAUCUUCGUGCACAAGAAAUAGCCCAACAAAACCACUUGACAUGCAUUUAUUUAGUGGAUUCUGGAGGGGCCAAUCUCCCCAGACAGGCAGACGUUUUCCCCGACCGAGAUAAUUUUGGACGUAUUUUCUACAACCAGGCAAGGCUGUCUUCAGAGGGUAUAGCACAGAUUGCUGUUGUGAUGGGAUCCUGCACUGCUGGAGGAGCGUAUGUACCUGCUAUGGCAGAUGAGAGCAUCAUUGUGCGGAAGCAAGGAACCAUUUUCCUUGGAGGACCUCCUUUGGUCAAAGCUGCCACAGGGGAAGAGGUUUCUGCAGAGGAUCUUGGUGGUGCUGAUCUUCACUGCAGAAAAUCUGGUGUAACAGACCAUUAUGCUUUAGAUGAUAACCAUGCGCUCCACUUGGCAAGGAAGGUGGUGCGAAACCUAAACUACAGGAAAAGUGUUAAGGUUGCAACAGAACCUCCAGAAGCCCCUCUCUACCCUGCAGAUGAACUGUAUGGCAUAGUUGGAGAAAACCUUAAACGCAACUUUGAUGUCAGAGAGGUCAUUGCCAGAAUUGUGGAUGGCAGUAAGUUUGACGAAUUCAAGGCUUUCUAUGGAGACACACUUGUAACAGGAUUUUCAAGAAUAUUUGGUUAUCCUGUUGGAAUCAUUGGCAACAAUGGAGUGUUAUUUUCAGAAUCUGCCAAAAAGGGGACCCAUUUCAUCCAAUUAUGUUGCCAACGAAACAUUCCACUUAUCUUUCUCCAAAAUAUAACAGGAUUCAUGGUGGGUCGAGAGUAUGAAGCAGGAGGAAUUGCCAAAGACGGAGCCAAGAUGGUGAUGGCAGUUGCCUGCGCUAGUGUGCCAAAGGUCACUGUUAUCAUUGGCGGUUCAUACGGUGCAGGAAACUACGGCAUGUGCGGCAGGGCAUACAGCCCUCGCUUCUUGUACAUGUGGCCAAAUGCCCGAAUCUCUGUCAUGGGUGGUGAACAAGCUGCUACUGUCCUGGCAACCAUCACCAAGGAUCAGAAAGCACGUGAAGGAAAGGAGUUCACAGCAGAGCAAGAGGCUGCCAUGAAGGAGCCAAUAAUCCGGCGGUUUGAAGAGGAAGGCAGCCCUUACUACUCCAGUGCCAGACUGUGGGACGACGGUAUUAUUGACCCUGCUGAUACACGUCUGGUUUUGGGACUGAGUCUGAGUGCAGCGCUCAAUGCGCCAACCAAGAAGACAUAUUUUGGCGUGUUCAGGAUGUGAUCUCUUGGUUUGUAACCAGUGUGGACUUUAGAAUGACCAGUUAGGAUUGAAUAUCUAGUAUUCUUACAUUAGUCUUUGUACUUUUAUGUUAUUUGGGACACAACAAAUCCAUUUCAUUAAAAAAAAAUGUAAAAAUAAAGAAAAUCACAGGA